UUUUUCUACCUAGCAAAGGAAAAUAUGCUAGCACAAAAUCGUUCAGAUGUGCAGUCUCUCCUGCUCUCCUUGCUUCAGCACUAUCUUAAUGAAACCUGGAACUUUCCAGCAAAGCCUCUCCCUCCUGCUGCUCACCAGACAGCCGAGCCUUUCAGCACAGUGCCAGUUAAAGUUCAGAGCCAAGGAUUCAUCUACAUUUUACUGAUGGUUGGUCUCUUCAGCUUUUUUACCUUCGGCAUCAUGUUCAGCUACAUCCGCUCAAAAAAGCUGGAGAACUCGCAGGAUCCAUACCACCAGUAUAUAGCCAGAGACUGGGUGAAGGUUCUGGCUCCGUCAGCAACCAUAAGACAGGCUCUCAAAAAAGAGUCUGUGGUUAUUGGAAACCCUGCAGCCCUGCAGAACCUGCCAGGAUAAAGAGGCAAGAAACUAGGACAGCAAGUGAUUUCGGGUAACUGAUGAUGACUGCUGAGUUCAAACAUGUUGCUUUUAGACUGAUAACAUAGUUAAAUU